GAAUUUUAUUUGAAGUGUGGAAUACUAACUUUGGGGAGUUGUGUGCUAGUGGCGGCGAGAGUACGUGCAGCUCGAGGGACUCGUCCCGUCCGCCUUACAACCUCCUUCAUGCUCGUGGCUUUCUUGCAAUGGAGCUGAAAGUCGGUUGGGAUGCAGCGUUGUAAACGGAGAUGCUGUACGUCUGCGCCGGACUUGCUGUGAGCGACUGAAAAAUAAAUUAUACCAACAUUGGGAGUUGCUGAAAAGCAUGGAGUAUUUCGACGACGACGAUGACGACGGAGGGGCGAACCCGUUCCCGCUCCGUCACCAGCAGGGCUAUCGUGGACGGGGUCGUGGUCGUGGCGGCCGCGGCGUUGGGGUGUUUCGUCGCCGUGACCAGGACAAGGACCACAACGACGGCGACAAGCGCCACGCCGGGCUGCAACUUGAGGACGACGCCAUGGUCCUUUCCUAUAGUAAGCGCUUCGCGGGCGAUCCGGGAUCCGUGAUCUACCUGUCGCACAAGAUCAGCCCGGAGUUCAACUACUUUGAGAUUGAAAUCAUCAGCUGGGGUAUGGAGGGGCGUAUUGGACUAGGUCUCGCCCACAGUGACUACCCGCUGGGCAACAUGCCUGGAUGGCGGCAGGGCAGCAUCGGCUAUCACGCGGACGACGGCCGUCUGUUCCACGAGAACGGGCACGGCAGCCAGUUCGGGCCCAAGUGCGCGGUGGGCGAUCGCAUGGGCUGCGGCGUGGAGUUCCCUGGCGCUGGCGGCGGUGCCGGUAUCGGUGGUGAAGCGGCCAGGGACGAGGAGAGCGACGACAACGAGGAUGAUGAUGACGACGACGACUCCGACGACGACGGCGGUCGCGGCCUGUAUGCGAAGCGGCGGUACGGCUCGUCCGUCACUGUCUACUUCACGCGCAACGGCGAGCGUGUGGGCCGCUCCGUGUCCAUGCAGCAGCGCAGCAACGGGGGCCUGUUCCCGGCGGUGGCCCUGCACAGCGAGGGCGAGAAGGUGCGCGUCGAUCUUGAGGUGGCGUCGGCGAACCCGGACGCGCGCGAGGUCAAGAUGCGCGUCAUCAAGUGCGCGCCGGUGGCAGCGCUGGGGGCAGGCUUCCUGGCGGGAGUGCCCGAAGACGUGCCCGUCUGGAAUCGUCUCUACAACGUUGAGCAAGUCGGCAAUUGUCUUCACUAUACAUCGUUGAGCAAUUCGGGCCUUGCGCAGUGCGAACAGCCCAUGAGUCUUCGCCAUCCCUAUUUUGAACUGGAGAUCGUGAAUAGCGGCGAGAAUGGAUACGUGGCGAUCGGAGUAGCACACUCCAAGUACCCUUUUGGCCAACAUCCUGGGUGGAAGAAAUUCAGCGUGGCAUAUCAUGCUGAUGAUGGUAAACUGUUCAAUGGAAGAGGCGAUGGGGAGCAAUUCGGGCCUGCCUGCAAGCAAGGAGAUCGAAUGGGGUGUGGCAUCUACUUUCGUCCCGGCGAAAAGGGAAUCGCUGGGAGCUGGGAUCCGCCAAGCUCAUCAGAUGACUCGGAAGAUGACGAUGAGAACAGUGGCUCUAUUGGCGAUAGCUCGUCGUCUGAAGAGGAAUGUACGGAGGACCGGCGUGUGUAUGUGUACUUUACGCACAAUGGCAAGAAGAUUGGCGGCUGUGCAAGCGUUGUGCCCGCAGGAGGCUACUUCCCAACGGUUGGUCUGAUGAGCUCCGGCGAGGUCGUGAAGACGUUUGUUAGGGCGAUUACCGGUUAGUCGCACGUGUGUGUGUGUGCGUGUGUGCGUGCGCGUGUGUGUGAGCGGUGUGUGUGUGUGUGUGUGUGUGUGUGUGUGUGUGUGUGUGUGUGUGUGUGCAACAUUCUUUCUGGCAAAGAAAUGAUGCUUGUGAAGCUGUGAGCGAGUUUGGACCAUGUCACUCCCCCUCCCACCACCUCUCUCCAUGUAUUCAGAUUAGCUAUCCAUUGAAAUAAUAAUUAUCAUUUUUAUUACCAACUUGCCCAGCAUGUGCGCUGUUAACUUGUGCAUCCUACCCAUGGAGUCGUGCAGUCCGCGUGCUUGUGAAUUGCCCAUAACCUAUCUCCUGCUGCGUAUAGUUCUCCGAUUUGGCUGUCUUUUUUGACGAAAGGCAGCAUUGGUGGCAAUGGUGGUCAAGCAGAGUAGUGCAGACGUGCCUCCCCAUUACGCACAUCUCAUUCGUUGUCGCGAUGAUUGUGUGGUGUUUAGCUUGUCGCCAACUCUAUUUCCUUGAUACGGCGCGCCUCCUCUCCCCGACCAUGUCCCCAUGAGAAGUGUCUGCUCGCGGGCCUUUUUUACUUUUACUGGCAAGAAUCACCUUACUUUUACAUAAGUCAUAGCUGAAUGUAACUUGGCGCUGUUGAAGUUUCUGUCGCUAGCAGGUGACAGUUUUUGUUUGUUUGUCGCGACGCCGUUUCCGGUUUGCGCCCUGCCACCCUCCCCUCACCCCUUACCACCCCCCUAGUCUUUGCGUUGUGUUGAGAAUAUCCCGGCAAAGCGUCCCAUUGUGUCUGCCCCAUGUACAGAUUGUUGCUGUUGCUGUUGUUGCUGUUGUUGUUUUUAUUAUUGAAUCUAAUUUCCCCCCCCCCCUUUUGUACAAAUUUUCAUCUAUAUUUGGAUAUAAGCUUUUUAAAAGCGCUCUUGCAGUGCAGUUGCAGUAUGCUCAUGUUAUUUGCUGCAGCUCAAGAUUUUUUGAUGAACAUAUUCGUAGCAGCGUG